GGACUUGUAGUUCUAUUAAUCUUCAGCACUGAAACAGUUAAUUGCUGAAGACCUUGCUGGGCUUGCAGUUUCCCUCCCACAGGAAGAAGAAAGAUUCCUGCCACCAAUAGGAGAGCAGCUUUCAGACUGAGGAGUUGCAGCCAAUGAGAGAAAGACUGACUUCUGAAAGAAGGAAAAGGAAGAGGGAGAACUUCCAGGAAGGGAGAGAGAUCUGGGGGAGAUAGAGCUGUGCUGCAUGUGAGAUGGAAUCCUCUCUUCACAGAGACCAGUGACUGUCUGCUAUCUGAAGAGGAGUGUUACAGAUCACACCACAUGGUGACUGCUUAGUCUGCUCAAUAUCUGGAGAAACUGUAAGCAGUUUUCAGUGAGUGCUACCUGUUGAUUUUGACUCUCAUUUAAUCAGGCAUUGCAGGGCUUUAUACAAGCCAGUAACAAUUAGGACUAGAGACAGGACUUUUAUAUCUGCCUGCCUGCCUGCAAUCCAUUCUGAAGGGGCACCAAUGCCUCAACAUUGGAAAAAGAAAUAGGCCCAGAGCAAUUUCCUGUAAAUGAACAUUACUUCGGUUUGGUCAAUUUUGGGAACACCUGUUACUGUAACUCUGUUCUACAAGCACUUUAUUUUUGUCGUCCGUUUCGGGAGAAAGUUUUGGCAUACAAGGUCCAGCCGCGGAAGAAGGAAAGCUUGCUCACAUGCCUGGCAGACCUCUUCAACAGUAUUGCCACACAAAAGAAGAAAGUGGGGGUCAUUCCUCCCAAGAAAUUCAUCUCCAGGCUAAGAAAGGAAAAUGAACUUUUUGAUAACUACAUGCAACAGGAUGCCCAUGAAUUUCUGAACUACCUUCUGAAUACUAUAGCUGAUUUGCUGCUGGAGGAGAGGAAGCAGGAAAAGCAAAAUGGCAAGCUACAGAACGGGACCCUGGAGGCCCCAGAGCCAGAAAAGUCUGACCUCACCUGGGUCCACGAUAUCUUCCAAGGGACACUAACCAAUGAAACCCGAUGUCUUAACUGUGAAGCUGUUAGUAGCAAAGAUGAAGACUUCCUGGAUCUCUCUGUAGAUGUGGAACAAAACACUUCUAUUACACAUUGUUUAAGGGGAUUCAGUAAUACAGAAACACUAUGCAGUGAAUAUAAAUAUUAUUGUGAGCAGUGCCGUAGCAAACAGGAAGCACAGAAAAGAAUGAGAGUAAAGAAGUUGCCUAUGAUUCUAGCUCUGCACUUAAAAAGGUUUAAAUACAUGGACCAGCUGCAUCGAUAUACCAAACUGUCCUACCGAGUGGUAUUUCCAUUGGAGCUGCGACUCUUUAACACCUCCGGGGAUGCUACCAACCCAGACAGAAUGUAUGAUCUUGUGGCAGUGGUAGUUCACUGCGGAAGUGGACCAAAUCGUGGACACUACAUUACCAUUGUAAAAAGCCAUGGAUUCUGGUUGUUGUUUGACGACGAUAUUGUAGAGAAAAUCGAUGCACAAGCCAUUGAGGAAUUCUAUGGUUUGACAUCUGACAUUUCCAAAAACUCUGAGUCCGGUUAUAUCCUGUUCUAUCAAUCUAGAGACUGAAGGCUUGGCUGUAAAGAAAUGUACAGAAAAUAUAUACUCCUGAAAGAGAGAAUAUAAAUAGUGGGUUAGACAUCUAGGGAGCAGUCAUGAGAAGAACAUGAAGAUUCUAGCAACUGUCCCUACUCGUGGCCGCAUGGUGAUGCUAAAUAGUCCACUAAUCCAGGCUGCCAAAAUAAGAUUGAAUAUACUCCUCUGAAUUUACUUUUAACCCCUUCUUGAGCAGGAUUCUCAGAAAAUUAAGGGAUUAAAAACCUUCCUGUAUCCCAACAUAACAUCAAUUUGGCAUCAGGAGACCAGAGGUGGAAAUUUGAUUGGAUAUCAGAUGGAUGCUGAGAAAUGGAUCUGUGCAGCACUUUGGAGUACUCAAAAUCAUAGUGUUUAAAGGAAUCUACAAUCAAGAGUUUAUUGUUUCCUUAUGCGACAUUCACAUACUUUCAUUUUUUUUGUAUCGUCUUCAAUCAUUUCCAUCUUACUCUGCUUUGCUGUAGCACCCCUCACAGAGGAAGAGAGGUUGAGGCUGCUGCUCUGCACAUAUACAUUGCUUGGAUACAUUUUAUGACUUUAUUUUCCAAAUUUCUAGCACCUUUAAAUGUCAUUUGAAGUGUUCCCAUUGGGUUAAUGAUUAUACUUAGAAAGCUUUGGUCAUACGUAAAUGAGAACGGUGGGUUACACCAGGCACCUAGGUGUUUUGUUCUUUAGCUCAUUAAACCGAUAUUGACACCAAA